GACACCUUCAUCAUCGUAACCGCAUUCUCGCGCGACGACGAGCUAAUACAGUCUCCUGUUACAAGUGCAAAGCCGCCAUGGAUCCAUACUCAGCAGGAGCUUACUAUCAGCAAUACCAGCAGCAACACGAUGUCAACCCUUACUAUCAGCCCUACCAAGGUCCCAUGUAUCCCACUGCGGGGUCAUCGACGUCGUCGCAUACAGCCCCGGUCCCUGCGAAUGCUUACGAGUACGACGUCGGCAUUCUCGCGCAGCAGAGUGUUUAUGUCCCUGGAGCUGCUAUAGACAAGCGCGGAGGUGCAGGUGGCAAGCUCGCAAAGGGUGGCAAGAGAACGACUGUACUGCGCAAAGGCGGAGGAAAGGUCUGGGAGGAUCAGACGUUGCUCGAAUGGAACCCAUCUUGGUUCCGGCUAUUCGUGGGCGAUCUGAGCAACGACGUCUCCGAUGACGUGUUGGCGAACGCGUUCAACAAGUAUACCUCGUUCCAGAAAGCUCGAGUUAUCCGUGAUAGGCUAAACGGAAAAGCUAAAUACGGCUUCGUGGCAUUUUCCGACCCUGAAGAUUUCCUGAGAGCGUGGAAAGAAAUGGACGGUAAAUAUGUUGGAAACCGGCCGGUCAAGCUGAAGAAGGCGGACCAGACGGCCAUUCGGCCAGUAGAGAUAGGGCAUAGAAAGGCCAGGCAGCUGGAGAAAGAGCUCAAGAAGAACAGGAAGAAGCCCUACUAGAUUUUCGCAUGGUGAGGAUGCGAAGAAGGGUAUAUUCAUUCGUAAGCUGGUCAGUCUUCCUGUGCCUCAAGUGUGCGGAUGACUGCUUUGUUUCUACUGGUUGUAGGGUGACGGCUUGCAUCCUCGAUCCGGGAUACGCAUUGGGACUCGUUUGAUAUGUUGAUCAAUCUUUCUGCCAUCAUCGAGUCAUUGCCAUCGCAGGCAUGCGCAACAGUACUAUCAGCACUGUCUGUGAAUCCGAGCGGCCUCGGUCGUUGAAUCCUUGUACUAUCACGUAGGAGAAGAGUGCUCUAAGUAAUAGAUCGAAUGAGCCUGCAUCUAGUGUAUUUGACUGCAGUGUAUUGCUAUUGACGUUGUCGUCGC